UCUCAUUUAUAUGAUGUAUACGAUAUUAGAGUAAGAGAAACAAAAUAGACAUUUGUUUGUAACAUUGUGUCUAAGUAUGUAAAGGCAAAUGGGAGACAUUGUAGGGCAAUGUUAUAGUCCCUACCCAAACUUUUUCUGGACAUACUCUUUCAAAAUUUUAAUUACAUCCCUCUCUCGUCCUUGUUGGCUCUGUCUUCAAGAGUCUAUUUGUCCUUGCCUACUACAUCCCACAUGAUUUUGCUUUCACAAGAACAGGAAAUCUUGAUGUCCUAAUUUGAAUCCAAACAGGACAUUUGGCUUUUAUAUGAUCCCAAUAAAUAGGGCUAUGAUCGAUCCAGAAAUCUAGAUUUACGGGAUAAACAUGAAUGCUUUCGUUUACGUAUCAGUGAAACUUGAACUUGGAUCCGUGUAUAUGCUUAUAAUGAUCACAUGGCUAAUAUAGAUAUCAUCAUUAGUUAUUAAAUUUAUAAAUUUUAUACGAAAUAUACGCGUUUUGACGUGUGUUUUCAUUGAUUCUAUCCGCAUACAUGUGUUUUCGUAUCCGAAUUUAAAUCACUGCAUGCAUGUGUUCCUAACUGUUUAGUAGUUUUUGUGUAAAAUAUUAUAUACAUAUUGUAUAACUUUCUACUUCUUUUUUACGUCGAGUUAUGCAUAUUAAAUAGUCCCUAUAGUUUUUAAGAUAUAUUAUUAAUAACAAUUAAAAUUAUGAUCUAUCAGCUAGUAAAUUAACAAAUAAGAAAAGAAUAUUAUUGUGCAUUCAUACUAAUGCAUAUCUCUAUAUAUACAUGUAAAUGUUUGAACAUACAUUUAAUAAUACCUAUAAUAUAUUCACUGCUUUGGUCAACGUCAGAAGUAAUCAUAGCCAAUUAAUCGUUAUCUAUAUUGUUAUACUCAACUAAUUAUAAAAGCCUACUAUGUCUUUGUACAUAUUAAUAUUUAUUAUUUUUCCAUAUCAAUUUAUUAACAUUCCAAACUGUCCAUACUCCAUAUAUUAUAAAUACUUCUCCAUGUACCUCUAACGUCCAUAACAUUUCUUCAAACAAAACCCAAGUUUCAGAGAAAAAGGAAAAGAUUAAAAAUUAAAAAAUGACAAUAAAGAGGUCAUCUCAAGCAACAUCGAUCAAGCAAAUCUUAAAGAGAUGCUCGAGUCUAGGGAAGAAGAAGAACGUCAACGGUUGCUAUUACAAUCAAGAAGAUGAUAGUUUUCCACAAGACGUGCCAAAAGGUCAUUUUCCGGUUUAUGUUGGACCGAACCGAAGUCGCUACAUCGUUCCCAUCUCGUGGCUCGAAUACUCCGAGUUUCAAACGUUGCUCCGACUAGCCGAGGAAGAGUUUGGUUUUGACCAUAAUAUGGGUCUUAUCAUACCCUGUGAUGAAGGGUUCUUCAGGUCUCUGAUCUCCAUGUUCAGAUAAAGUUCGAUCUAAAAUAUCCAAGAAAGCUGACUAAUAGCUAAGUGAUGGCCAGAAGAAGAUCCGUGUUAGCAAGGCAUCAAUCCGCGGGUUGGGUUUUUUUUGUUCUUUUUUUUUCUUUCGAAGACGAAUAUUUGUAAUAGUUGGAGUCUUUUUUUCCCUCAAGUCGGCGUGAAAGGUUAGCCGGUGAUUUUGAGAGGAGUAGCUAGUUAACUUCUAUAAAUAUGUUGUGAUCAAUUAAAAAAAUCUACAUGUUCUUUUUUUUUUUUGUCAACACAUGUUCUUUAAUCCACAAUAUAUAAAUGUUCCAAAAUCAAUAAUUCA